AUGCUCCUCUCGCUCUCUCUGACCGUCUUCUUCUUCCUCUCCUCUUCGGGUUUUGGCAUGGAGAUGAACCAGACUUCCAAGCUGCUGGGGGAGAGCGGAGAGCAGUGCUCGGCCUGCGACUUCCGGGAGCACAGCAAGCAGAUGAGGCUCCACAGCAUUAAAUCUCAAAUCCUCAGCAUCUUGCGUCUGGAGCAGGCGCCCAACAUCAGCCGCGACAUGAUCCGCCAGCUGCUCCCCAAAGCGCCUCCUCUGACGCAGCUCCUGGACCAGUACGACCCGCGGGUGGAAGACGAGGAGCACGCAACCACGGAGACCAUCAUCACAAUGGCCACCAAGCACAAUCCGAUCGCCCAGGACGAGUUGUCGUGUUGUCUGUUCAGCCUCAGUCCAAAGAUCCAGCCCAAAAACAUCCUGAGCGCUCAGCUGUGGGUUCACCUGCGGCCCGCCGACGUGGUCACCACCGUCUUCCUGCAGGUCUCCCGGCUCAAACCUGGCAAAGAGGGAAACAACACCCGCGUCCGGGUUCGCUCCCUGAAGAUCGACGCCGGCGCCGGCUCCUGGCAGAGCAUCGACAUCAAGUCUCUGCUGCAGGCUUGGCUGCGUCAGCCAGAAACCAACUACGGCAUAGAAAUCAACGCCUACGACUCCAGAGGAGAAGAUCUGGCCGUCACCUCAACAGAACCUGGAGAGGAAGGACUGCAACCAUUCAUUGAGGUAAAGAUCCUCGACAAUCUCAAGAGAUCCCGUCGGGACUCAGGCCUCAACUGCGACGAGGAGUCUGCGGAGACACGCUGCUGUAGAUACCCGCUCACCGUCGACUUCGAGGAGUUCGGCUGGGACUGGAUUAUCGCUCCCAAACGCUACCGGGCAAACUACUGCUCGGGGGAGUGUGAGUUCCUGCACCUGCAGCAGUAUCCACACGCACACCUGGUGAACAAGGCCAACCCACGGGGCACUGCCGGGCCCUGCUGCACACCCACCAAGAUGUCUCCCAUAAACAUGCUGUACUUCAACCGCAAGGAGCAGAUCAUCUACGGGAAGAUCCCCUCCAUGGUGGUCGACCACUGUGGCUGCUCCUGAGGGGACCAGGAAUCCUGCAGGAUGAAAUUUCCAACAAAAGUGAUGCAAAAAUGUUGAAUAUUGCACAAAUCUUUAAUUUGACUUAGUAGUUUAAGAAAAAACAGCCAAUAAACAGGUUCUGAAGAUGUUAAAAAAAAAGUCAUCCACAAAAAAAAGUUCUUGCAACAAAUUCAAAGUUUAC